CAGGCUGGGCACUCUGCAAGGCUCCGGCCAGCGGGUGGAGACCGAUCCGGGAUCUGUCCCAGCAGGAAGCGAAUCCCGGUGGCCGUCGUCUCCGGUGCUUGCUCUCCGCCGCGGCAUCGCGCUCUCCCUUCGCGCCCGCAGCCCGGCAGCCUCUCUGUGGCCGCGACCCCUCGCUCACCUGCCUCCUCGGCUCAAGCUUCAAGAGUGUCCCCAUGAGAUGUAAUACACCUAAAGGAAUGAAAUGGCAGAGUCCUUUUGGAUAGAUGUGGAAGAAAACAGGGACAGUUGAACUGGGGCCACCUGUACAGCAGUUUUUCUUAUUGGAACUGUUAGGAAUCUGCAUCCAAGGAUACUAAUAUUCUAAUGAGAUAGUGGAUAACCUUCUGCAAAAUGGAAGAUGGAAAGCCCGUUUGGGCUCCCCACCCCACAGAUGGAUUUCAGAUGGGCAAUAUUGUGGACAUUGGCCCUGACAGCCUAACAAUUGAACCCUUGAACCAAAAAGGCAAGACAUUUUUGGCUCUCAUAAACCAAGUAUUCCCUGCAGAGGAGGACAGUAAAAAAGAUGUGGAAGAUAACUGUUCACUGAUGUACUUAAAUGAAGCCACACUCCUCCAUAAUGUCAAAGUUCGGUACAGUAAAGACAGAAUCUAUACAUAUGUCGCCAACAUUCUGAUUGCAGUGAAUCCAUACUUUGAUAUACCUAAAAUAUAUUCUUCAGAUACAAUAAAGUCAUAUCAAGGAAAAUCUCUUGGGACGAUGCCACCUCAUGUCUUUGCAAUUGCUGAUAAGGCUUUUCGAGACAUGAAGGUGCUCAAGAUGAGUCAGUCUAUCAUUGUGUCUGGAGAAUCGGGAGCAGGCAAAACAGAAAAUACGAAGUUUGUUCUGAGAUACUUGACAGAAUCUUAUGGAACUGGUCAAGAUAUUGAUGAUAGAAUUGUUGAAGCGAAUCCACUUUUAGAAGCCUUUGGAAAUGCAAAGACUGUUCGUAACAAUAAUAGCAGUCGAUUUGGAAAAUUUGUGGAAAUUCACUUCAAUGAAAAGAGUUCAGUUGUUGGAGGAUUUGUUUCUCAUUAUCUUCUAGAGAAGUCUAGGAUCUGCGUUCAAGGCAAAGAGGAGCGGAAUUACCAUAUUUUUUACAGGUUGUGCGCUGGGGCUUCAGAAGACAUUAGGGAGAAGCUUCACUUGAGUUCCCCAGAUAAUUUUCGGUACUUAAACCGAGGUUGCACUAGGUACUUCGCUAACAAAGAAACUGACAAGCAGAUUUUACAGAACCGAAAAAGUCCUGAGUAUGUUAAGGCAGGUUCCUUGAAAGAUCCUCUAUUAGAUGACCACGGAGAUUUUAUUAGGAUGUGUACAGCCAUGAAAAAGAUUGGUUUGGAUGAUGAAGAAAAGCUUGAUCUGUUUCGAGUCGUAGCUGGUGUCCUACACCUUGGAAAUAUUGAUUUUGAAGAAGCUGGAAGCACUUCAGGUGGUUGCAAUCUGAAGAACAAAUCCACCCCAUCACUGGAGUAUUGUGCUGAAUUGCUGGGGUUGGACCAAGAUGAUCUGCGAGUCAGUUUAACCACGAGAGUGAUGCUCACCACAGCAGGGGGCACCAAAGGAACUGUAAUAAAGGUCCCUCUGAAAGUGGAACAAGCAAACAAUGCCCGGGACGCUCUGGCAAAGACUGUCUAUAGCCAUCUUUUUGACCAUGUGGUGAACAGAGUAAAUCAGUGUUUUCCUUUUGAAACAUCCUCUUAUUUUAUUGGAGUCCUGGACAUUGCUGGUUUUGAGUACUUUGAACACAACAGCUUUGAGCAAUUCUGCAUUAACUAUUGCAAUGAAAAACUUCAGCAGUUUUUUAACGAGAGGAUCCUGAAGGAGGAACAAGAGCUAUAUCAGAAAGAGGGCCUGGGUGUUAAUGAAGUGCAUUACGUGGACAAUCAGGACUGUAUAGACUUAAUUGAAGUGAAGUUAGUGGGAAUCCUGGAUAUCCUGGAUGAAGAAAACCGUCUUCCACAGCCGAGUGACCAGCACUUUACAUCUGCAGUUCACCAGAAGCACAAGGACCACUUUCGCCUCUCUAUUCCCAGAAAGUCUAAGCUGGCUGUCCACAGGAACCUCAGAGAUGAUGAAGGUUUUAUCAUAAGGCACUUUGCAGGGGCAGUGUGCUAUGAAACAACCCAAUUUGUGGAGAAAAAUAACGACGCGCUACAUAUGUCUCUUGAAUCCUUGAUUUGUGAAUCCAGGGAUAAGUUUAUAAGGGCGUUGUUUGAAUCGUCCACAAAUAACAACAAAGAUACCAAACAAAAGGCGGGGAAACUUAGCUUCAUCAGCGUGGGAAACAAGUUCAAGACUCAGUUAAAUCUGCUUCUGGAUAAACUCCGCAGUACUGGAGCAAGCUUCAUUCGCUGCAUCAAACCCAACUUAAAGAUGACAAGUCAUCACUUUGAAGGCGGCCAGAUCCUGUCCCAACUUCAGUGUUCAGGUAUGGUUUCUGUGCUGGACUUGAUGCAAGGAGGUUUCCCUUCAAGAGCCUCAUUUCAUGAACUCUAUAACAUGUACAAAAAGUACAUGCCAGAGAAGCUGGCAAGAUUGGAUCCAAGGCUAUUUUGCAAGGCUCUUUUUAAAGCUUUGGGAUUAAAUGAAGUUGACUACAAGUUUGGGCUAACAAAAGUGUUUUUCAGGCCUGGCAAGUUUGCAGAAUUUGAUCAGAUUAUGAAGUCUGACCCUGAUCAUUUAGCAGAGUUGGUAAAAAGAGUCAAUCUUUGGCUAGUCUGUAGUCGCUGGAAGAAAGUUCAGUGGUGUUCACUCUCAGUCAUCAAACUGAAAAACAAAAUAAAGUAUCGAGCUGAAGCGUGCAUUAAAAUGCAGAAAACCAUUCGAAUGUGGCUUUGCAAAAGGAGACACAAACCACGCAUUGAUGGCCUGGUUAAGGUGGACACCCUGAAGAAACGACUCGAUAAGUUCAAUGAAGUAGUAAAUGCAUUGAAGGAUGGGAAGCCGGAGAUGAACAGAAAGAUCAAAGAUCUGGAAAUUUCUAUUGAUGCUUUGAUGGCCAAAAUUAAGUCCACCAUGAUGACGAGGGAACAAAUACAGAAAGAGUAUGAUGCACUAGUUAAAAGCUCAGAAGAUCUCCUCAGUGCACUGCAGAAAAAGAAACAGCAAGAGGAGGAGGCGGAGAGGCUGAGGCGCAUUCAAGAGGAGAUGGAGAGAGAAAGGAAGAGGCGCGAAGAAGAUGAGCAGAGGCGGCGGAAGGAGGAGGAGGAGAGGCGGAUGAAACUUGAGAUGGAAGCGAAGAGAAAACAAGAAGAGGAGGAAAGGAAGAAGAGGGAAGACGAUGAGAAGCGGAUCCAGGCUGAGGUGGAGGCCCAGUUGGCCCGACAGCGGGAGGAGGAGUCCCAGCAGCAGGCGGUCCUGGCACAGGAGUGCAGGGACAGGGAGUUGGCCCUGCGCAUCGCCCAGAACGAGUCGGAGCUCAUCAGUGACGAGGCGCAGAGUGACCUGGCGCUGCGAAGUUACUUUUCCAGCUUAAGUUCCUGUUCAGCAACGGCUAAAGCUAAUGGAACAAGACCCCAAAUGACACCGGAACAAAUGGCCAAAGAAAUGUCAGAAAUUUUGAGUAGAGGUCCUGCUGUACAAGCUACGAAGGCAGCUGCUGGCGCCAAGAAACAUGAUCUCAGCAAAUGGAAAUAUGCAGAGCUACGUGACACAAUCAAUACUUCUUGUGACAUUGAGCUCCUGGCAGCAUGCAGAGAAGAAUUUCACAGGAGACUGAAAGUGUACCAUGCCUGGAAAUCCAAGAACAAGAAGAGAAAUACUGAAACAGAGCAGCGGGCUCCCAAGUCUGUUACUGAUUAUGAUUUUGCACCAUUUUUGAACAAUUCACCUCAGCAGAACCCUGCAGCUCAGCUUCCUGCCAGGCAGCAGGAGAUUGAGAUGAACCGACAGCAGCGUUUCUUCCGCAUCCCGUUCAUCCGCCCUGCUGACCAGUACAAAGACCCUCAGAACAAGAAAAAGGGCUGGUGGUAUGCCCAUUUUGAUGGACCGUGGAUUGCUCGGCAGAUGGAACUCCACCCUGACAAGCCACCCAUCCUUCUUGUAGCUGGCAAGGAUGACAUGGAGAUGUGUGAGCUGAAUCUGGAGGAGACGGGUCUGACUCGGAAGCGUGGGGCUGAGAUCUUGCCCAGACAGUUUGAAGAGAUCUGGGAGCGCUGCGGAGGCAUCCAGUACCUUCAGAGCGCCAUCGAGAGCAGGCAGGCCCGGCCCACCUAUGCCACGGCCAUGCUGCAGAAUCUGCUCAAGUAGACCGCAGGCUUCCAGCCUGGUCCUGGCUCGCACAGGCAGGGAGGUGGUCAGAAGUGUUGCCAUUCCCUUGCUCCUGGUAGGACGCCUUAUGCAAAGUGAACAGAUUUUAUUAAUCAUGGAUUUUGUUAAUUUGCUCAAGGUUAAUUAAGGUUGACGUAGUGGAUUCAGGACCUAAAGAGAGAAUAGCCCUGGUCCCAGCAGUGACUCCCCACCUCUCGCUGUUCUGAUGCUGUCAGCAUCCGGGCAGACUCCACACUUCUCACUCUCUGCACACUGACUACCUUAAGUCCAUGGUGAUUGUUCUCAAGGGCGAGACUCUUUUGUUUUUAAAUCUCAAAAUACGUGUUUUUUUUUUUUAUAAAGGAUGACACAGUGCCUUUAUAACCCAAGAUAAUGGAACUCUAGCUUUGUUUUAUGCAAAAAUGAAGGUACUUAAAAUGAUUAAGGCACAGAGGUUUUUGUUCUAAAAAGUUGUAUUUUGUCUGCUUUUUCUGAAAUCCAUGGAAGUGGGUUUAUCCCUUCUUGCAGUGUGCUUAGCCUGAGUGAAGCCCAACUUCUAGAAUUCUGGAAAGAGCCUUAAUGUAUAGGAUGUAUUGUGUGCAGAAGAGGUGCAGGGCGUAUGCAGCAUAGACACAGGGCACUUUUCUACCCAGCUCUGUGCUACUCUUGGAAUCUUCUCUUCCUAAUUCACAGUUGAAUAAAGGAAUUUCAGAUCAUUCGAAUGACUGGAGGUUUUGAUAUAGCUUAGUUUCAUUUUGGAAGGGAUGCAGGGUUGAGGUGGUGCUGUGACUUUCCUGAACUGAACUCUAAUCCUUCCUGACUUCAUCUCAACUGUAAUUUUUCAGUCCAAGCCUUGUCCAAGUUACUUCAUGUGACUUAAGUCGGUGUGUUGCUUCAGACAUCUCUCCUUCCCCGCUCCCUAUUCCAGGCAUCUGUUUUGGUCUUUGGAACUCAGUAACUGUAGAACUGUUUUAUAAACUUGGUAACUCAGAAGCCCUUGCACUUAGACAGCCUGUUUCAUGCCUCAGGUGGUUUUAAAACACCCCGUUUUGUGUGCUGUCAGUCCUCAUAGAAGGCAGCAGCUGGAGCUAAUAUUUACGACUUUAAUAUUAGGAACUUAGAAACAAAACUGCAUCCAGGAGUUAUGGUGACACCCAAAGGAGUUUUUUUGUUUGUAUUUUAGAAUAACAGAGAGUAAAAGUAUUCUUUACACUGCCCCCCUUUUUUUAAAAGCAGGUUUCACUGUGAUUGCUUAGUUUCAUCCCAUCAUUAGAGGAGGGAGUGGUUUUCCUGAGUUUACUGACAGUCCUUUAAAAAUAUCUCCUGGACUAUGUGCAUACACUGCCCUUUUUAAUAAAAUACCCUAGCUGUUGAAAUUUCUUUAGAAAGAUGCCUCAGUUAGGAAAUACUUACCAGUUGAUGAGAUCAGUGUCUAGAAGCCAGAGAUUCUGUUGUCAUGACUCCUCCUCUCAAUCUGUCUUAGUACUGAAGUACUUAUUUAUUAUGAUACUGUGGAAAUGAUUGUUUCAUAUUAAGGAAAUGAAAUGGCCCCGUCUAUACUAGUGAUUGAAAAUGUGAAUGGGAUUUUCUCCUGGAGGCUGUCUUACUGCUUAGACUCACCCACCAUUGGGUCAUUUGGUAAUGUUGGCAAAGGUGUAGUUACUGAAAUAAACAACCUGUUGUUUCUCUUUCAUCUCUCUCCCUUGAUUGGUAUCUUUAUUUGUGCAAGGCAGCAAAUAAGCUUCAUUUCCUAAUCAUCAAUAAAUAUAGUCCUUGAAAGAAACCUAGGGGCCUAAUUGAUUGCUAGUGACUUGUUGGCUCAGCACUAUUUACUGAAGUAUUUUUCUGUGUCUUCCAUAUGCAAGAAUGAGCACUAGAUGAAAAAUUAAUCAGAAAGUGGAAAUUAGUAUGGCAGAACUUAAAAAUUUAAAGAAUUUAUAGGAAAUAUAGGACAGCAAAGCAUUGUUGAAAGUUUUUUUUGUGGUUUUUGACUUUGACAAUUCUACAGUUAAAUAUUAAACCAUUUUCUUCCUAAUUAUGUCACCUAGCUGUCCUACAAUUUAUCUGUUUCAAGUAGUCUCCUGAGUUAAUUUUGCCAAGCAGGAGAAUUGCCCCAAUUCAGGCAGGCCUUGAGCCUUCCACAUGUCCCGGUGUAGCACUCGGCUCCUUCCAGGGAAACUUUAGGAUGUCAUUUUCGGGUGCUCUCUGAGACACUCAUCCAGCUUCUCUUCCAUGUUUUGUAGAUUCAGAUCCAUAAAGUCUAUGUGAGACCUGGGGUCCUCCAAGUCAAUUAAUUCCUAUUUUAGUCAACCAUUUAAAAUUAUAACUUUAAACCAAUAUAUAUAUGCUAAACAUGAAGAACAUAAUGUCCUGCAGCAUCGAUGAGAUGUGUGUUAGUUAGAUGUAUUCUCAGUGAAAACAGGGAGUCUCUAGAGGUCUUGUGUGUUCAGAAGCUGCAGCCCCUUUACUGUCAGGGAGACAACACCUGUACAGGACUAAGUAAAGCAGCAAAAUAACAGCAGCCUGCCCUAAGGCAUUCUAGUGAGGCAGCUUCUCACUCUGGCCUGUAAGAAAGGUUUCACAGGCCAGUGCACCCUUUUGUUUCACGUGCAACCAAGAGAACAGCUCAAGGCAAAAUCUGGAGAUGCUCGGGAGAUUUAGACAGUAGAAAGCACAGGCGGAACAAUAAUAAUAAUAAUAGAUAUUUAUUACAUGUGAUCUUUAUUAAUUAGGUUGCUUUUUCCAGGGCUUCACACAGGUUAGGCACUACAAUGGAGGUACCUCUGUGGCCUUUAAUUGGAUGCUUUUGGAAGAUAGUUUCACUCACAGGUUAUUAACACGGUUCUCAGGGGACUCAAAUAUGUAGACCUUUGGUUUCUUAAGAUAGCUUCAAAAUACUUGGAUCAGCAGAAUAUUUAUUGAACUAAUCAUUCUGUUAAUACUAAGUUAAUGAUGAUCUUACUUCCCUAUAUGGAAAAAAAGUUGUAGAAAGCCAGGGACAUCGUACAAUUUACUACUAGACCUCGAAGGAGAUAUAAAUGCCUUCGCUCCAGUUGUGUAAGAGGGAAAACAAUGUUUUGUUAGCUCAGCCAAUCCUGAGAGACGUACAAAGGGUUGUUCCCGUACUUCCCCAUUUACCUUUAAUGCCAGUAAAUACGUAUUGAGUUUUAAUGUCUCCCAGAAUAUGCACUAACAGUGGGGGAGGGAAGGACAGAGGACAUUUAACAGUGAGGAUAGCAUGAGGUGUGGAAACAGUGAUAACCGUAAGGGCAGAGAAGAACAGUAGUGGAAGAGAAGGGAAAUCGUGCCUCCCCUGAAGACUGUGCCUCAGUUGGGAAACAUGGAUACACGCACUCCUGGGUCUUUGCUGAGGUUUAGGAUGCGUUUUGUGCAGUUUAAGAACAGAAAUUAAGGUUGGUAAAGUUGUAUAGUGAGUAACCUGGUGUGUAGAUCUUAGCAGAUAAGAAUGGUGUGGCUGAACUGGAGGUGCCCAUCAAAGAACGUGGCAUCCUGUGCAGGAGCCUGUGGGAGGGCAGGUAGAGAGUCUGCCUGUGUCAAUGGCACAUCUUUUGACGGUUUGGCGCAAUUCACGGCAGUGUCUUCGUAUCCCAGCAUUGACCUUUGUACGGGGUAACUUUGAUUCUUGGAAGUUUCCCAGGAGAUACCUAGGAAAAAUUAAUGCACAUUGAAACCAGCAUAAUCUUUAAUAUUAGUUUUCAUCCGUGUAGAAACUCAACUUCAAACUACAAACAGGCUUAUUGAGUUACCACUCUUCACUUCUGAAAAUCUGUCUAUUUGUAACUGUUAAGUUUUCUUCAUGAAAAGUGUGUAUCUAAUACUCUCCUAAAAUACUGAUGUACCGGAAACUCAAAUAAAUGCCUUACAUGUGGAA